UGACGACGUUACACGCCAAGUCGACGCUAAGUCGCUCGUCGACUUCUUUCUUUUGCACACGCUGAUGAUCGUUCAAGUCGAGUGCCGCAGGAGAGUGAAACUCGAGUGCAACGGUCUUAAGAUGGACUGCUCCUCCAGUUUUCUCCCUUGCUAGCAGCUGGUCAGUACCAAUUGACGUUGUACACCAUGGAUGCCGGUGAUCAGCUGUAGCGUAGUCAGCUGGUAGAAACGUGAAGCUGCCACGUUUUGGGCCGUUGGCGUGUCGAUUUAUCGUCCAAACAAUCGUCAGGGAUGAUUUUACUGUACGCUCGCGCCUGAGGAAGUUACAAAGUGUUUGCAGGCAGGUUCUCUUAACAUUGCCUUGAGGAACCCCUCUGAGAUAAGGUUAGACUGAUCAUCAGAUUAACGUCGUUACGGCGUAAUAACCGAGAAGACGGCAUGUGUGUCUCGUAUUAGCGCGAGGACAUACUCGAUUCUCGGUGGUGAUGUGUAGUAAAAUAGUUGGUCUCUGUUGUCGGAAAAACGAUACGAAUCUCGUUAAAAAGAUCUUAUAAAUCUAAUCUGCUUGGACAUACGAGUCUCAGGUAUAUCUAAUGUCAAUGUAACAUCUGUGAGCAAUGGACGGAGAGGAAUCUCUAGACCCACAGGAACUACAGGAAACCCUCCAGACAUAUAAAAAGCUUGCGAUCGAUUUUGCAAACCAUGAUACUAUUCUGAAGGAUAAAACGGUCCUGUCGUAUGUAGCGUAUGUCUUGGAAGUACCUGACAUAGAUGUUGUUGCUUUAGCUUUAGACAUUCUGGAGAUAUUUGUCAAGAAUGUAGAUAAUUAUAUACACAUAACGUCUACCUUUGGUGUGCGUGAAUCACUUGAAGCAACUAUAAAUAAGUAUAGUCUGAGCGAACCAAAGAUAUCAAAUCAAGCACAAAACAUCAAAGAUGAUAUAGAACGUAUGAAACCACCUAUAUAUAACUUACGUAGUCGUUGCAGACGAGUCAUAGAACCUAAAAAGUUGAAGACACACGUGAUAGUUUUACAUGUUCAAGGUUUACUGCCGGAAACCCGCGCCGAAUUGGAGGCAAUUCUAAUAAGAAUCGAAGGUCUUAUUUCGCUUGUUGUCGAUGUUGAACAUCAACGUGUAACUAUGCGUACUUUAAGCUACGUCACCGCAAAACAAAUCGCGGAAGCAAUCGACAAGAAUACGGAUAACAUGGAAGCAAGAUUGGUUACAAGAAAUAAAUUUAAUCAAGAAUUUCUCGUGAAAUUGUUGCAAUCCGGUGAUAAUAGCGACGGUGAAGAAAUGCCUGAUUAUUUGCCUGAGGAGGAAGAACAAGAAGAUGAUAAAGAAGGAGUCGUAUCGCUGUUUACUGGUUUAAAACAAAGUGCUUCAUCCUUAUAUAAAUCUACAGCUGAAUUUUUAAGCAAUUCAUUUUACUGGUAGAACUUACAGAUAUAACAUAAGAAUGUUAAUUAAAUUUUAUUCGAAAUUAAUUCUUCGUUCACCACUGGAAGAUGACAACAGUAAUUCAGGUGUAUAGAUAUCCUCUAAUUGUACAUCAGAGACAAGAACAUCUCAAAGUAAUUUAUAAUGAUCUUGAUCGAUCCAUCAUUAUUAUUAUUAUUAUUAAUCAGUUGAAUAUUUAUUUCCUGCUAUACUUCUAUUUCAAUAUUUAUGGUUGAUAAUAAUUAGAAUAACAAAUCAGUCAAUUUUUACAAUUUAUAAUAUAUAAGAUCUUAUACUCUCAAUAGAAAAUUAACAUGUACAUAUUUCUAAGUUUUUACAUCCGUUUGUAAAGAGAGGUAUGUUUUAUGUAUGUUUGUAUAAAAAGUUAGCUUUAUUUUUUUUUUGUAUUUUAUCAAUCAUGCAUGUUUGGACUUGUAACUUGAUUAAAGAUAAUCUCUUUCCCUCUUUCUCUCUCUCUCUCUUUUUCUCUCAUCAAAUAUGUGUCCCGUGUACUAUAAAAUUAAACGACGAAUUCUAUCCGUAUAAAGGAGAUCUUUUGCUAUUAGAGAAGCUUGCGAUAUGAAAUUGUUAUAUAGCUUAGGAUGUGGAACAUUAAACAUACACAUCCUCUCAAGUCAUAAUAUAAUAUGUACAAUCGAAUAAAAAGUAAAAGAAUUCUAGUGUUU